AUGGCCGCGAAAUCCGAUGACGAAGGCUUCUCAACGCCACAUAAUUCCCGUUCCGAAGCGGCCCGGCCGCCGAGCAUAAUUUCUUCUCGAAUGACGGACAUCGCGAGUGAGGACGGGGACGGGCCAGAGUUGCAAAAGAACAGAAUGAGCAUUCCUCGAAGUGCAGACAUGGGUUCCCGGCCUGAUACUGCACGAACGGGAGCAUCUUCCAGGGGUCCAUGGCAGGGUCAGUCUUUGCGUAACAAGACAUAUCUUUCUGGUGUACAAGCAAAGAGAGGGAGUGUCGAGAGUUCGACUGCUGGUUCAACAAGUCAAGCGCCAAGUUUAUCAAGCAGAAGCCAUGUUCCAUCGUUACAGUCGCAUGCCUUCUUCCGACCCAUGAGCUCGCAGAAAUUACAGGCGCAAAGAGGAGGGUCGCAUCGCCCAUCUACCAUGAGUCAAAUGUCGCCAGCGUCUCCCACCUCGCCAACAUCUCCAACAUCUCCGACAUCAUAUAGAUUCGAUGAGCACGGUGAGGCUAGCGGUAGUCAAACACGGCAAAGUAUAAUAUCGAACCCGAUUGCGCAAUUACAGCGCCAAACGAGCAACGACGAAAACAUGCGAUCUCCACCAUCCCGAGGUACGGAAAUGACGGAGCAAGAAACUUUGGACAGAAUAACAGCGAAUACGAGCCCAAGCCAUGGCCAUUAUCCUGCAGGAAGUUUGACGGAUAGUGUCCGUCCUCUUCAACAAGGCAAGACUUCCGACACAGGUCACUUUCAGCAUAACAUCAUUGUGGAUAAAAGUUAUAAGGACCUACACAACCUGCCCAGCCCGAUUAAAUCUCCACGGUCGUUCCGAUCAAGCUUUCUCAUGCCUGGUCGAAGUAACGAAGGCCAGCAAAGUCAGAAUCGCAGUACCGAAGGAGCUGAGAAACUCUCUUCAUCCGCAUCUUCACCACAGUUCAGACCUGUAGACUCUCAUACUGAACGUCAUCCCCGUGUCCCUCACAAACCAAGUCAGAAAUCCGAUCUCGGACGUGUUCAUCAGUAUUUUGAUGGAAAUACAGUAUUCUGUCUUGGUGGUCGCUGGCAAAACACAAGAGGGAGACCCGUUAACAUUGCGACCGGUAUCUUUGUCAUCAUUCCUUGCGCCCUGUUCUUCGGCUUUGAAGCACCUUGGUUAUGGAAGCAUGUAUCGCCUGCGAUACCUAUUGUUUUUGCAUACCUUGCGUAUAUAUGUUUCUCUUCCUUCAUCCACGCCUCUGUUACGGACCCUGGGAUUCUUCCGCGAAAUCUUCACCAGUUCCCCCCUGUCGACGACAACGACGACCCUCUCCAACUUAGCCCACCCACAACAGAUUGGGCAUUGAUAAAAUCUGCUGAAUCAACAACAGCCGCAAUGGAAGUUCCGGUUAAGCACUGUAGAACGUGCAAUAUCUGGCGGCCACCCCGUGCCCACCACUGUCGCUUAUGCGAUAACUGUAUUGAGACCCAUGACCAUCACUGCGUGUGGCUCAACAACUGUGUCGGAAAACGCAACUACCGAUAUUUCUUUACCUUUGUUACGUCCGCGACUAUUCUCGCGGCCUAUCUGAUCGCCACUUCUCUGACACAGAUUCUUCUUUACAAGAAUCGUGAGGGUGUCUCAUUCGGACAAGCUAUCGAUCACUUCCGAGUUCCUUUUGCGUUGGUUUUCCUUGGGUUUAUCUCCUUCCUUUAUCCUGCUGCUUUGAUGGGAUAUCACAUCUUCCUCAUGGCACGAGGCGAAACGACCAGAGAGUACAUGAACUCGCACAAGUUUGCCAAGAAAGAGCGUUUCCGGGCAUUCUCUCAAGCCAACAUGUUCAAAAACUUUAUUGUCGUUCUAUGCCGCCCCCGACAACCCACAUAUUAUCAGUUUAAAGCGCAUUAUCAUGAAGGCGACCAACGCCUCGGUAUUCGAAGAGACAAGCGGCCGAGAUCGAGCUCUCAGGGACUGGAAAUGCACGACGUCGUCCCUGGAAGUUCUGGUUUCCAAGGUCCAGUGGCUCUUAGAAGUGAACACGAUCAUUAG